AUGUGGCUUCUCAAAACCGAUGACCUCACCCUUCACUGUUUCUUCGGCUACAUUCCGGAGUACUCCAUCCUCUCACACACGUGGGAAACUGAAGAAAUCACCCACCAGGAAAUGCUGAACCCCACCGACGAGGUGCGGCGCAAAGCCGGCUACCAGAAGAUUCACGUGUGUGCUGCGGAGAGUCGAAAGCUGGGCUAUUCCUAUACCUGGAUCGACACAUGCUGCAUCGACAAGUCCAGCAGCGCCGAGCUGUCUGAGGCCAUCAAUUCCAUGUUUUCCUGGUAUCGCGAUUCAGAGCUAUGCCUGGUCUACCUCCAAGACUAUCAACCUAGUCCGAGGUCGGCCUUUAUGAAUGACAUAGGUCAUUGCAGGUGGUUCACCCGGGGCUGGACUCUACAGGAAGUCCUCGCACCCGCAAAUGUCAGUUUUUACACCGCAGAUUGGACGGCCAUGGGCACCAAGGAAGAGCACGCGCAAGUUCUUUCAGGCUUCCUCUCCAUCGACCGGGGUCAUUUGACCGAUGGCCUUCUCGAAGGCAUAAGCGUAGCGACAAAGAUGAGUUGGGCUGCACACCGUCAGACGUCAAGGGUAGAAGACAUGGCCUACUGCCUCAUGGGCUUGUUCGAUAUCAACAUGCCGCUUCUCUACGGUGAAGGGUCUAAAGCCUUCCUCCGGUUGCAAGAAGAAAUCAUGAAAGUUGACGAUGGUUCUUCAAUCUUCUUUUGGAAGACGGCAGACGAUGAGCAUCGGACUCUGAGAGGCCCUCUGGCCCGAAGCCCACUGGAGUUCUCACACGUAUCCACAGGUCGCGCAGCAUGGAGCGACAUAUCCUCGUUGGAGACGCCCUUCGCCAUGACGAACAAGGGCCUGCAACUGCACGCACCCCUGGCUCCUAUCCACAGACUGUAUGACGAGUGCGUCUAUGAUGCCAGGUUGAAAGCUGAACUCGGGAGCAUCAUAGCUCAGGAUGGUGGCUUUUCCAAGACCCUUUACGUUGCGGCCCUCUCCCCGACAACCAAUUUUCGCCAGCUGGGCUUGCUCGUUAGACCUCUGGACAGCAGCUUGAAGCUGUUUGUCAGGGAUUACACCCAAACGGUGCUAGACUUUCACUGGGCGGCUUUUGACGCAGAGGGACAGGCGACCCCGGCGUUCGAAAUGACGCAGUUCUAUCUAAGCCAACAUACAAUUCAGAAACUAUCCCAGUCGCAGCUGGACAGAACGGCAACACAGUUGCCAGUCAGGAGACUUGAUCUCUACCCGUUCUGUUCCGUUGAGACCAUCCAGUCGCAAAGGCCGCUCGAGGCGCGCGGCGAAGACUGUCUGAACGCAGAAGGACGCGUCACAAACAGGUAUCCCGGCCACGCCCUUCACAGAGUGAAGUAUUGCAGUACGCCGGACGUGCUCGGCUGGACUGGCUGCUCGCUCAUGUUGAGAGACGCAACAACCGACAAAGUGUGGGGGCCUCUCUGGGUCGUAUGCCGCAUCCGUCCCGCGUUCCUGCUGCACGAUUCGACGGUCUCAUGGUUGAUUCUGACCGGCUCCAUCGCCAAAAGACUCUGCAGCUUAAAAGACGCCAGAGAGAUCGACGAUUUGCUUCGGGCAGAGCAUCACGGCACUCGGUUUAAGGGGAAAUUUUAUGCAGACUCGGUGGAGCAGACCUUCGUUUACAGGGACGGGGGCGAAGCCAGCAACAUGUCGGUCCGCCUGGUAUUCACGCAGCACAGGCAGGCGGCGACUCUCACGAUUACCGCAUAUAUUAAAGAGCGAGAACGACCUCAGAGUAUUAGGAAGGCGCAGACCGUUAGAUAUUAUAUCUGUAUCGGUAGCUCGAUGCCGGGUAUAACGGGCGAGCUCUGCCCCUCCCCCUAUAAGCCCCAAUCCGCAAGCCCCAAGGACCCAACCCAAGCACCCAAGCACCCAAACACCCAAGCAUAG